UUCACGUUGCUAAUAUUCUGCGCAAGAUGUCAUCCACGAUUUAGUUACAUACAGGGCAACGAUGCAAACUGGCCGCUGGACGAUAAAGGGUUUCUUGUGUCUGUCUUUUGGAUAAAAAGACUCCUGUGUUCGCCCACUAUGCGGAGGCUCAACGACACCGAAGCCGUCCGCAUAGGUCGUUUAUAGCGGAUAUUUUAUGGAAGGUGGGACGAGGGAGAGGUGGUGAGGCUGGGGAGUCGGGACAUCGGCAGAGCUGGAGAGGAGCGUUAGCAAGCUAGCUUUCGUGACAGCAACGGCGAUAACGGUGACUUUUCUGUACAACAGCCCGUAGUUCAGGUCAUCAUGGCUACGAAUGGUAACAAUGUAACGCCUGGGAUGGGAGAUAUCAUCCAGUUAAACGUCGGUGGGACAAGGUUCAGCACCUCCAGACAGACUCUGAUGUGGAUCCCAGACUCUUUCUUCUCAAGUUUGCUGAGUGGAAGGAUAUCCACUCUUCGGGAUGAAACUGGAGCUAUAUUUAUCGACAGAGACCCUACAGCUUUUGCCCCAAUUUUAAAUUUCCUCCGAACCAAAGAGUUGGACUUGCGGGGUGUCAACAUCAGCAUCCUGCGACAUGAAGCAGAGUUUUACGGGAUUACUCCUUUAGUACGGCGCCUGCUGCUCUGUGAGGAACUGGACCGUUCAUCGUGUGGAAGUGUUCUCUUCCAUGGUUACCUGCCGCCCCCAGCCAUCCCUGCCCGCAAGUUGAGCCCUGCCUCAGCAGCCACUGGCUCCUCCUCUGAUGAGCGGCCGGGUCCAGGUGGAGCAGAGGGCUUCACCCGCGUUGGUCCCCCUCCUCACCCUUCCCUCUCUGGCCCACCUGGAACAGAUGACAACCACAAACUGGGUCCUGUGGUUGACCCCAGGAAGGUGCUGAUUAUAACGGGACACCACAACUGGAUUGUAGCAGCUUAUGCACAUUUUGUCAUCUGCUAUAGGAUAAAGGAAUCUUCUGGAUGGCAGCAGGUGUUUUCCUCCCCCUACCUUGACUGGACCAUUGAACGCAUCGCGCUUAACGCCAAGGUGGUUGGCGGCCCGCAUGGAGACAAGGACAAGAUGGUGGCCGCCGCCUCUGAAAGCAGUAUCAUCCUCUGGAGCAUCCAAGAUGGAGGCAGCGGCAAUGAGAUAGGUGUAUUCAGUCUCGGUGUACCUGUUGAUGAUCUCUUCUUCAUCGGGAACCAGCUGGUGGCUACAAGCCAUACAGGGAAGGUUGGGGUGUGGAAUGCCGUCACACAGCACUGGCAGGUUCAAGACGUGGUUCCUAUUACCAGUUGUGACACAGCAGGAUCCUUCCUACUACUGGGCUGUAACAAUGGAUCUAUCUACUACAUAGACAUGCAAAAGUUUCCACUGAGGAUGAAGGAUAAUGAUCUUCUAGUGACAGAGCUUUAUCACGACCCUUCAAAUGAUGCCAUCACUGCGCUGUCUGUCUACCUCACGCCUAAGACCAGUGUGAGUGGGAACUGGAUAGAGAUAGCCUACGGGACUAGCAGCGGUGCGGUCAGAGUGAUCGUGCAACACCCGGAGACAGUGGGAUCGGGUCCCCAGCUCUUUCAGACCUUCACAGUGCACAGAAGCCCAGUGACAAAGAUUAUGCUGUCUGAGAAACAUCUGGUAUCAGUGUGUGCGGACAACAACCACGUUCGGACGUGGACAGUGACCCGGUUCAGAGGGAUGAUCUCCACCCAGCCAGGCUCCACUCCACUGGCUUCCUUCAAAAUACUGUCCCUGGAGGAGACAGAGAGCCACGGGAGCUACUGCUCUGGGAAUGAUAUAGGUCCAUUUGGAGAGAGAGACGAUCAGCAGGUUUUCAUACAGAAGGUGAUCCCCAUCACCAACAAACUGUUUGUGAGACUGUCAUCUACUGGAAAGAGGAUCUGUGAAGUGCAGUCAGUGGACGGGACCACCAUCUCUUGCUUCAUGGUACGGGAGUGUGAGGGUUCGAGUCGGAUGGGGUCGCGACCUCGGCGCUAUCUAUUCACCGGUCAUGGCAACGGCAGCAUCCAGAUGUGGGACCUGACCACUGCAAUGGACACUGCUAACAAAGGAGAGGAGAAGAGAGAAGAUGUAGGUGGGCCUACAGAAGAGGAGCUGCUGCAGCUGUUGGACCAAUGCGACCUGAGCACCUCCCGCUGUGCUACACCAAAUAUUAGCCCUGCCCCAUCUGUGCUGCACCACACACGCCUCAGAGAGUCCUGCUCGAGUCUGCAGUUACAGGCCCCAGAGCCCAUUCCUGAGAGCCAGGCUACUUAUGGAGCUGUGCGACCCUACAGAGAGAGCCCCCUGCUGGCCCGUGCCAGACGAACAGAGUCCUUCCAUAGCUACCGAGACUUCCAGAACUUCAGCCUGAGUCGAGGUAUCCUGGACAGCACAGGUCAGACGUCCACACAGGGCCCCGGCCAGACCGCUGACGCCCGCCGUUCACUCUGUGACUUUGGGCCUGAGGACAGUGAGAGGAGAGCCACAGCUAUGGAGUUCUGGGCUUGCCGAACAGCCGGUUCAAGCUCUACAAAUAAUAUCGGGGCUAUGAUGACAGCUGGCGUUUCCGGGGUGAAGGCAGAAGGCAAUCAAGAGUUUCCACGGCAACCUCCCGACAGCCCGAUUCCUGGAGGCGACGUCAGGCGAAAGGUGCACCCACAACCAGAGGAGGGAGAGGGAUCAGGGGGAGACGGCGCGAAGGCGGAGGGAGGUGUUAGGAAGAGGGGAGUACUAGAAGGAGGCUUUCUGGGGAGGAAGAGGGCUCCCCCAGUGCCCCACCUCUCCUCCCUCCCCUCUGGAUCUGAUGGCGGUGGCAGCGACUCAUCUUCCAACGCCUCCCCCUCCCCAACUAAACUUGCUUCCUCCACAUCACCGCGACACAGGAAGCUGGCCCCUGAGCUGUCCAAUCAGGACAGCAGCCUGUGACACACCAUGUGUCCACCAGCCUUUUCUUUUCUUCACCCUAAUCAGAGGAGUCAUCUUGUGGAGGCUUCCUGUAGGUGCAUGUGGGAGAUGAGGCCUGGAUAUCUCAGUGGAGAAGGAAUGUGGCUUGAGCUACAGGAAACUACUUCAAUUGCUUAUACUCCACUUUUCACCCCACCCUAACAACGUUUGUUUUUAUUCUUUUGUUGUUGUUUUUUUUGAUGGCUCAUGAUGUAACUGGAUAAAGGACCUUCUUCUGUGGGGACUCACACACAAGAUGCUAACAUGUUUGAAUGAGUCUAUGUCUCAGGAUGAGUCUUCUUAACUCAGUUUGCUCCAUACGCUGAAAAACUUUUAUUUAAAUCUUUUUUUUAAUUUAACUUAGUGGAAUCCAAACAUUGGUGUCAUACUUUCAACGACACAAUCUGACAUCAAGAAGCAGUCAUAACAUCCAAAUGCUGACAGCAUGCCAUCUCAUCAACCAGGGCAGGAAUGCAUUUUGUUUUUGAAUUGUUUUUUAAGAUUUUACCUUCUAUCACACAUACUAUCUCAGUUUGCUUCGGGUUGUCUUAACAGAUAGUGAGGGUGGUACUUUGAGGCAUAAAUCGGAUGGCAGUAUGGCUGUUCAGAUCAUCCUGGAGAACUGCUGAAAUUGGUUUCUCUCACUGUGUUGAAGUUGUUCAUUCUACAUCUUAACAAACAUACAGUAACUACAGGAGCAUGCAAACGUCUGUUUGGCCAGGAAAAGGCGUGUCGUUGCUGCCUGUCUGGUGGAAGCACAAGCUUUUGGCCACUGAUUUGGAGAUUGAAUCAGUAACUCAUCAAGGUUCAUCACAAAAAAAAAAAUCAAGCAAAAAAGCACAGUACUAGUAAUCGAAUAGAAACACUAUCCAGGGAGUGCUUUAUCUUCUGAGAACCUUAAACAGCUAAUUGAAUUAACAAAGGCACAGCUUCAAUUUUUAUCAGAAGUGUUUUUUUGACCUGUAGUCUGGUGGGAAUGACUUUGUUCAAAAUCAGACCUAAAUUAUUUAAGCUUACACGAAACAUCUGCUUUGGAACAAAAUGUAAAAUUUUAGAAACUUGAGACUAACUUCAAGUUUCACAAAAAAAUAUAAAAUUUUACAAAGAUAGAAAACAGAAAAAAUAGCAACUCCUUACAUUUGUGAAGCUGAGCCAGCACAGUUAAAAUUUUUGUCCAUUAUAUUUUGGGUGAUUAUCCAAACAAACUAAUAGUUUGAGCACUAGUUCCAUAUAGAUUUAUCAAAAAGAUCAGGCCCCCUUAGGAAGACAGAACUCGUGAUGAUGUCAAGUGUCUCUGACAGUAUGUGUAAUUCGUCGUUUAGUGAAUUUUUACUUAAACUUACAUUAAACAUGUUACCCUAGCUAGAAUCUUGGCAGCUACUUGAAUCCUAAUGCUGCAGCCAGAGACACAACGGUUAUUGUUUGACACUAAAAGCCAACAGUCAGCAAGCAGUAAAGUCAUUUUGCAGCUCCAGCAAUGCAGUAAAACCUUCCUGGGGUUGUUGUUUGACGGCUCAAUGACAACUAUGCAACAGUGGAGUUAAGAUGCAGAACUUCCAAACUAACGCGGCUAACAAGGCUUCAGGACAGGCAAACUGCAUUAUUAUCAUUGUACUAACGGUAGCAUAAAAGCCUCCUUGCUCUUCAACAAAGGCAAAAAAAAAUGGAAACUGUCCUGCGCAACAUGUGACAAGCAGUGUAUUGGCCUUUUUCACAGCAGACAGUUUGACUUGCAGGAAAGGCACAGGUGAAUGUGAUGGCCCAGUUACAUCAAGUGCCCCAGUAAGCCAUGACAGUGAGCCAGCAUGCACAAUACCAGGACCCUGGAACUAGCUCACCUAUAUGGAAUGCAAUCAUUAUCAAUUACAACUGUGCUUUUCCUGCCACGGCGAACCAUUUGCAUGAAACAUCUGUUAAUGUGAGUUUGAAUACGAAUUAGCGGCACACAGCUGGAGCCUUUCAGUCAGUGUUUUAAUUUAUUUCGGAGAUUGAAGAUCACAUUCACGCAGUAAUGGAAUCAACUUCAGCGACAUUUAUACAGAAAUCUGUUUUUAGUGCUUUGUGGUAUAUACAGUAUAAGGACCUUUAUGACCUUGAUGUCUAAACAAAGACAGUUCACACAGUUAGAAAAAGCAGUGGUGCCUGUGCGAGAUCACACUAACUAUUACUAUUAUUUAUAUUUUAUUUUUUUACAAUAUCACAAUUUAACUACACUCAACUCAGAACUCAAAAGGACCUACACUACAUCACUUUACUCCCUUUGAAACAGAUUUUAAUGUGUCUUGUUUUGGAUGACUGUUGCAGUGCCUUAUUUAACUCGUUUGACGGUUAUCAGCCUGUUUGUGUGUUUUCAUUGAAAAGGAUUCUGACCAAAGGCUUGUGAAGACUGAGCUCAUUUUUGAGCCCCAUAACGGACCUGUCCACUCUUGGCUGUGGCUGGAAUUGCCUCACGACACAUUUACAUCAGGCCAAAUUAGAUUUCAUUAAUGGUCACUUGAAUUGAUAGGCAUUACAUAUUAAAUUAUCAGCAUCUAUUGUAAACUGUAAAUAAUCUUGACGUAGAUUAAAACUGGAAAUUCCAUCCUUCCUCCCAACACCUGGGGAUUUUUUUUAAAAUCUGUAGCUUGUUCUUUGUAGUUUGAGGAGAACCAACUCAUGCUCUGUAGGAAACAAUGCACCUUGGUUCUGAUAUAGUUGUGAAGGCCUAAAAGGACAGCUCAAAAAUGGCAGCAACCUUAAUUAGUUGAACUUGUUUAUUAUUUACCGUUCGACCCAUCAGAUCCCCUGUGAGAUUUCCACUAGCUGUUUGUUUGGGAUAAGUUAAAGAAACCAGCCCAGCUCUUGAUCUACGGUACUUUUUUUAUAAGCAUUGUGGGGACAACUGUAAAAAUUGGUGACGGUAAAAAUAACGAGAAAAACUAUCCUGAAAUGUUAUUUAUACUUUGCCAAAUCCAGCAGCUAUAUAACCUCUUUUGAAGUAGUGUUUAGCACUUUGCUUAUCAUUUUAAUUUUAAAAGAUGAACUGACCGCGUGGUCCCUGCUUGUACAAAGAUGUACAUUUUGAUACACUCAUUUACUGUAUGGAAACAGACAUACAUAUUCAAAACAAAAUCCUAAUAAUGGAUGCAUUGAUGUGUGUUGAUACUUACACUGUUGUUCUUUACAUAUUGUUGAUAAUCAUAUAAUGCCUAUAUUGAUAUCACCAUGCUUUGGACCUAACUGCAUUUGCACUUGCACUAUUAAGACUAAUAUUAAAAGUAACUUGCUAGUGUUUAUUUUACAUAUGAAAACAAACUAUAUAGUUUAAUGGGUAUUUCUGCACAUAACUGUUUGUCUGUCCUUAUCUGUUGUUCCUCAGUUCCUCUCUGGCUAUGUUUACAUUUUAUUACAGCCAGAUUCUAGUGAGCUAAAAUGAAGACCUAUCUGUAUGUCACUGUUUUACAUUGUGUAUGUUUUAAAGUGUUGCAUUAUGUUGUAAUAUUAUUUACAGUUGCCUACAGUACUGACCCAUGAUCAAAUAUAAUGUUGACAUUGAACUUUCAGAGUCUCAGUGUUCGUGCAUUUUAAACUACAACUGUGUUCACUAAAACUCUCAGAACUGGACAUUUUUACUUUCUUGAACUCUCAUAAGAUUAAGAUGUUAAUGCACAGUGAUGAAAUAAAGUUGUAUUGUCAUUUUUCCAUUCUGAAGAA